AAAAUAACAUCAGAUCAAGCUAAAAAAGGGCGUAUCUUGUAAACUCAAGUAAACAAAGCUUCUGGUGUCAGCUCUUUGACAAAAUACUUUUUGAGCUGACAAAAUAGAUACUAGCUAGACUAGACUGUGAUUGAGCUGAAGUAACUCUGAGGAUCAGGGCUAUACACUUAUCUUGCAGCUACUAGAGUCCCUGGCCGCCCCAGGCCAGGGCAGGUCAGGAAGGUCAGGACAAUGGCAGCAAGUCAUGAUCUGGGUCAGCAACUCUAUAAGGCUUCCCGUGAUGGUCGUGUGGAUGAGGUGGAGAGGCUGCUGGCUAGAGGAGCUCCUGUAGACUGGAGGGACAAUAUUGGAUGGACCGCUCUCCAUAUAGCAUGCAUCAAUAACCACCCUGAUGUAGUGAAGAUACUCACACAGCAAGAUGGCAUCGAUGUCAAUGUACAGAAUACUAAUAAGUACACUCCCCUGCACCAUGCCUGCUACCGGGGACACCUGAAGUGUGUCCAGUUACUGAUGGCAACUGGACAGUGUGACCUAGGAGCUGUGAACAAUAGUGGACUAACUCCACUAGGAAUGGCAGUCAGAUGGUGGAACCUGGACACUAUCAAGUACCUCAUCACAGAGUGCAAUGUGAAUAUCAAUGGAGCUGUGACAAGUGAUGGACUAACUCCACUGGGACUGGCAGUCAGAGAAGGGAAGCUGGACACUAUCAAGUACCUCAUCACAGAGUACAAUGUUGAUGUCAAUGAUUCUGCACAAGUAGUUCGUAUCCUAGAGCUGACACUGAAAGAUGAAGGUGAUGUAACCACCAAAGUUAACGGUGAGAUUCAUUAUUAGUUGUACACUGAGUGG